CGCGUUGACAAAGUCUGACUCGCUUAAUUACGGACGAAAAAGGAGUAAAUUGGAAUUUUACCUACACCUGUAAAUCUGGAAUAUUCGAAGAAAUGCCGAUAUUCACUCCCCCACUCAUCAAACUUAUUCUAUCGAAAAUUAGGAAACUGCAGCAAAAAAAUCAAAUCGACAACCACCAUUCCCAAUUCCAUAUCUCGACGGCGCGGAAAGUUUGUAAGGGAGUUUUGAGUCGGCGAUCCUGUUCGUUGUUAAAGAGAUUGGUGAAUUUUGAUUCAGCAACGAGGUCCUUUGAUUCAGCUGCUAUGGACUUCUUGAGAUUCAAGCUCACAAUCCAAUUUAAGAAGAUGGAAAGAGAAUUCUGGUUGGCACCUGCAUUUGGAGGCCAAAAUUUGCAAUAAUAUAUUUAUAUUCACUUUAUAAAAAAAAACUGUGUUCUAUUCAAUAAAAAUAAUGUUAUGUUCAUUGUAAAAUUGAGAUUAUUCGUUA